GGUGCGCGCGGACGCCGGCGUCCCGGGGGCUCGGCCCGCCCCGCACGCACCGCGGCCGGGGCGGGGAGGGACCGGCGCCCGGCAGGUGCCCGGCGGCCCCGCCGCCCUCGGAGGCCUCGCGGCGUCUGCGCGGGAGGGAGCAGCGCCGGCCGCCGGCGGAGACCCGGCCGCCAUGCCGCGGAGCCCAACGUCCAGCGAGGACGAGAUGGCCCAGAGCUUCUCUGACUACUCCGGGGGCUCCGAGUCGGACAGCUCCAGGGAGGAGGGCGCCUACGACACCAUCCGGGCGGCGGCGGAGAGGCCGGGGGGCGCGCGUGCCGAGGAGGAGCAGGGCCACACGCUGGUGAUCCGCGUGGUCAUCCGGGACCUGCAGCAGACGAAAUGCAUCCGCUUCAACCCGGACGCCACGGUGUGGGUGGCGAAGCAGCGCAUCCUGUGCACGCUCAACCAGGGGCUGAAGGACGUGCUCAACUACGGGCUCUUCCAGCCCGCCAGCCACGGGCGCGACGGCAAGUUCCUGGACGAGGAGCGGCUGCUGCGCGAGUACCCGCAGCCCGCGGGCCAGGGCGUGCCCUCCCUGGAGUUUCGGUACAAGAAGCGGGUGUACAAGCAGUGCAACCUGGAUGAGAAGCAGCUGGCCAAGCUCCACACGAAGACCAAUCUGAAGAAGUUCCUGGACCACACGCAGCGCCGCUCAGUGGAGAAGCUCACCAAGCUGCUGGACCGCGGCCUGGACCCCAAUUUCCACGACCUAGAGACGGGAGAGACACCCUUGACCCUGGCGGCCCAGCUGGAAGCCCCCGCGGAAGUCCUCAUCGCCCUGAGGAAUGGCGGUGCUCACCUGGACUUCCGCGCCAGGGACGGGAUGACGGCCCUGCACAAGGCCGCCCGCGCCAGGAACCAGGCGGCCCCCCAGACGCUGCUGGAGCUCGGGGCCUCGCCCGACUACAAGGACAGCUGCGGGCUCACGCCGCUGUACCACACGGCCGUGGUGGGGGGCGACCCGCACUGCUGCGAGCUGCUCCUGCACGAGCGCGCCUCCGUGUGCUGCGCGGACGAGAACGGCUGGCAGGAGAUUCACCAGGCCUGCAGGUACGGCCACGUGCAGCACCUGGAGCACCUGCUGUUCUACGGCGCGGACAUGGGCGCGCAGAACGCCUCGGGCAACACCGCCCUGCACAUCUGCGCCCUCUACAACCAGGACAGCUGCGCCCGCGUGCUGCUCUUCCGGGGUGGAGACAAGGAACUGAAAAACUACAACAGCCAGACGCCGUUCCAGGUGGCCAUCAUAGCGGGCAACUUCGAGCUGGCGGAGUACAUCAAGAACCACAAGGAGACGGACGUCGUGCCCUUCCGAGAGGCCCCGGCCUACUCCAACCGCAGGCGGCGGCCCCCCAACACUCUGGCCGCCCCCCGGGUCCUGCUGCGCUCCAACAGCGACAACAACCUGCACGCCGGAGGCCCCGAGUGGACCGUGUGCCCCGCGGCCGUCCCGCCCCGCAGCCUCUCCCCGCAGCCGCCGCAGCCGGUGCCCGCCAGGCCGGACGGCGCCCCCAGGAGCCUGGGCGCCUACGUCCCCGGACCCCGGAGCCGCUCCCCGUCCCUCAGCAGGCUGGGGGGCGCCGGCGAGGAGGGCAAGAGGCCCCAGGCGCACUGGCACGUGGGGCCGCCCUCGCCCUUUCCUCCCGGUGCCUCCGGCAAGGACCCCUCCGCCUCCGCCUUCGAGUACCCGGGGCCCAAGCGGAAGCUGUACAGCGCGGUGCCGGGGAGGCUGUUCGUCGUCGUCAAGCCAUACCAACCCCAAGGCGACGGCGAGAUCCCCCUCCACCGCGGAGACAGGGUCAAAGUGCUGAGCAUCGGCGAGGGCGGAUUCUGGGAAGGCAGCGCCCGAGGGCACAUCGGGUGGUUCCCGGCGGACUGCGUGGAGGAGGUCCAGUGCAAGCCCAGGGACAGCCAGGCCGAGACCCGCGUGGACCGCAGCAAGAAGCUCUUCCGGCAUUACACGGUGGGCUCCUAUGACAGCUUCGACACGGCCAGCGACUGCAUCAUCGAGGACAAGACCGUGGUCCUGCAGAAGAAAGACAAUGAGGGCUUCGGGUUCGUGCUCCGGGGGGCGAAAGCCGACACCCCCAUUGAGGAGUUCACGCCGACGCCGGCCUUCCCGGCGCUGCAGUACCUGGAGUCGGUGGACGAAGGUGGGGUAGCGUGGCAAGCCGGGCUGAGGACCGGGGACUUCCUGAUUGAGGUCAACAGCGAGAACGUGGUCAAGGUGGGUCACAGGCAGGUGGUGACCAUGAUCCGCCAGGGGGGCAACCACCUGGUCCUCAAGGUCGUCACGGUGACCCGGAGUCUGGACCCCGAUGACACCGCCAGGAAGAAAGCUCCCCCUCCUCCAAAGCGGGCGCCCACCACGGCCCUCACCCUGCGCUCAAAGUCCAUGACCGCGGAGCUGGAGGAGCUCGAUAAGCCAGAGGAGAUCGUGCCGGCCCCCAAGCCCUCGCGGACCGCCGAGAACGUAGCCAUGGAGUCAAGAGUGGCGACCAUUAAGCAGAGGCCCACCAGCCGGUGCUUCCCAGCGGUCUCAGAUAUGAACUCUGUGUACGAACGCCAAGGGAUCGCUGUGAUGACGCCCACAGUUCCCGGGAGCCCAAAGGGCCCGUUUCUGGGCCUCCCUCGAGGUACGAUGCGAAGGCAGAAGUCCAUAGGAAUCACGGAGGAAGAGCGGCAGUUCCUGGCUCCUCCGAUGCUCAAGUUCACCAGAAGCCUGUCCAUGCCAGACACCUCGGAGGACAUCCCCCCUCCACCACAGUCUGUGCCCCCGUCGCCCCCACCGCCUUCCCCCACCACCUACAACUGCCCCAAGUCCCCGACCCCCAGGGUCUACGGGACCAUCACGCCUGCGUUCAACCAGAACCCCGUGGCCAAGGUGUCCCCAGCCACCAGAUCUGACACUGUGGCCACCAUGAUGAGGGAGAAAGGGGUGUUCUACCGGCGCGAGCUGGACCGCUACUCGCUGGACUCGGAAGACCUCUACAGCCGCAGCGCCGCCCCGCAGGCCACCUUCCGCACCAAGCGGGGCCAGAUGCCGGAGAACCCGUACUCGGAGGUGGGCAAGAUCGCCAGCAAAGCCGUCUACGUGCCUGCCAAGCCGGCCAGGCGGAAGGGCAUGCUGGUGAAGCAGUCCAACGUGGAGGACAGCCCCGAGAAGACGUGCUCCAUCCCCAUCCCCACCAUCAUCGUCAAGGAGCCCUCCACCAGCAGCAGCGGCAAGAGCAGCCAGGGCAGCAGCGUGGAGAUCGACCCGCAGGCCGCCGAGCCGCCGGGCCAGCUGCGGCCCGACGACGGCCUGACCGUCAGCAGCCCCUUCGCGGCUGCCAUUGCCGGGGCCGUCCGGGACCGGGAGAAGCGGCUGGAAGCCAGGAGGAACUCCCCCGCCUUCCUCUCCACCGACCUGGGGGAUGAGGAUGUGGGCCUGGGCCUGGGCCCGCCCGCCCCCCGGGGGCGGCCCUCCAAAUUCCCGGAGGAGGGCGGGUUUGGCCAUGAGGACGGUGCUGAGCAGCCGGCGUCGCCCACCCCGGCGCCGGCGCCCCGGGAGCCGGAGCAGCACUUUGCCGGUGUUGGGGAGGCCGGUGUUCAGGGGGAGGCCGGGAGGCCCCCGAAUUCCAUAGCCAAGGCCAAGGGGCCUGAGAGCGGCCCCACGCCUCCCAGGAGCGGUGACGCGGCCAGCCCCGAGAAUUACGUGCACCCACUCACGGGGCGGCUGCUGGACCCCAGCUCCCCGCUGGCCCUAGCGCUGUCUGCGAGGGACCGAGCCAUGAAGGAGGCCCAGCAGGGGCCCAAGGGGGAGGCCCCCAAGGCCGACCUCAACAAGCCCCUCUACAUCGACACCAAGAUGCGGCCCAGCGUGGAGGCCGGCUUCCCCCCGGUCACCCGGCAGAACACCCGCGGGCCCCUGCGGCGGCAGGAGACGGAGAACAAGUACGAGGCGGAGCUGGGCCGCGAGCGCAGGGGCGAGGACAGGAAGAACAUGCUCAUCAACAUCGUGGACACGGCCCAGCAGAAGUCGGCCGGCCUGCUGAUGGUGCACACGGUGGACGUGGCCACGGCGGGCGCGCCCCUGGAGGAGGAGGAGGAGGAGGAGAAAGAGGACCUGGACCUCAAGCCAGCCCACCCGCCCUCCGCGGUGCCGGAAGGCGUCCCCGAAACCGAAGGUGCUUUACAGAUCUCCGCUGCCCCCGAGCCCGCCGCUGCGCCCGGCAGGACCAUGGUGGCGGCGGGCUCCGUGGAAGAGGCGGUGGUUUUGCCAUUCCGCAUCCCUCCCCCCCCUCUGGCAUCCGUGGACUUGGAUGAGGAUUUUAUUUUUACAGAGCCAUUGCCUCCUCCCCUGGAAUUUGCAAAUAGUUUUGAUAUUCCUGACGACCGCGCCGCUUCUGUCCCCGCUCUCACCGACCUGGUCAAACAGAAGAAAAACGACGCCCCUCCAUCCCCGUCGCUCCACUCCAGCCAGCCAGCCACCUCUGCCGACAGUAAGAAGCCAGCCGGCCUUUCCAACUGCCUGCCUGCCUCAUUCCUGCCGCCCCCCGAGAGCUUUGACACCGUCACCGACUCUGGGAUCGAGGAGGUGGACAGCCGGAGUAGCAGCGACCACCACCUCGAGACCACCAGCACCAUCUCCACAGUGUCCAGCAUCUCCACCCUGUCCUCCGAGGGCGGGGAGAGCAUGGACACCUGCACGGUCUAUGCAGACGGGCAAGCGUUCGUGGUGGACAAGCCCCCAGUACCUCCAAAGCCCAAAGUGAAGCCCAUCAUCCACAAGAGCAACGCGCUGUACCAGGACGCGCUGCUGGAGGAGGAUGCGGACGGCUUCGUGACCCCCCCGCCCGCACCGCCACCCCCGCCGGGCGGCGUCCAGUCUGGGAUGGCAAAGGUCAUCCAGCCAAGGACCUCCAAGCUGUGGGGUGACAUCACGGAGGUCAAGAGCCCGAUCCUCUCAGGCCCCAAGGCGAAUGUCAUUAGUGAAUUGAACUCAAUCCUGCAACAAAUGAACCGAGAGAAAUCGGCCAAGCCGGGGGACGGACUGGAGUCGCCGGCUGCAGCCAAGCCUGGCAGCCUUGCUCCAAGAAGCCCGGAGGUCAUGAGCACAGUCUCAGGUACGCGGAGCACGACGGUCACCUUCACGGUCCGCCCUGGCACCUCCCAGCCCAUCACCCUGCAGAGCCGGCCCCCCGACUAUGAAAGUAGGACCUCACUUACGAGACGUGCCCCGAGCCCCGUGGUCUCCCCCACCGAGAUGAACAAGGAGGCUCUGCCCACCCCGCUGCCUGCCGCCGCCUCUCCUUCCCCCACGCUCUCCGACGUCUUCAGCCUUCCGGGCCAGUCCCCUGCCGGGGACCUAUUUGGCCUGAACCCCGCGCCCCGCAGCAGGUCACCGUCUCCCUCAAUACUUCAACAGCCAAUCUCAAAUAAGCCUUUCACAACUAAGCCUGUCCACCUGUGGACUAAACCAGACGUGGCCGACUGGCUGGAAAGUCUGAACUUGGGCGAACACAAAGAGACCUUCAUGGACAAUGAGAUUGAUGGCAGUCACCUGCCAAACCUUCAGAAGGAAGACCUGAUUGAUCUGGGGGUGACCCGGGUCGGGCACAGGAUGAACAUAGAAAGGGCUCUGAAACAGCUGCUGGACAGAUAAGGACGGCUGUUCCUCACCUUCAUAGACACUUUGUUAUAAGUAGAGAUGGGCUCGUGCUGAAACAUCUGAUGGCCAAGCAGUCUGCGAGCACCACCCCCGCUCAAGGGUUUGUCUCCCGGUACCCAAAGAAGUGCUGCGGGUGUCCAGGGUGUGGCCAAGCCAGGGCCUUGAGAUGCCCAGCCCUCCCCCCCGUGAGGGGCUUUGUGGACAGCCUCUGUCCGGUGGGGGGCGGGGAGGGGGUUUUCUAACACGGAAGGAGUCCCAGCAUGCAGGUGACCUUGCUUCGCCAGGCCCCGGGCUCCCAUCAGUGUCGCAUGGGACCCUCGCUCGCGUAGGCAGACACAGAUGUACUCCAGAUACCUCCUAAGACCUCCCUCUUCUGCUUCCCGGGCAGCUCUCCCCACUCCCGGGCCCCGGCACAUGGCCUUCCCGCGGUCCUGUGGCCUCCCGGGGGACGCUCGAUGCUCACUUGCUCCUGUCUCUCUCCUGUUCUUUGUUUGCAGUGAGAUGCUCCCAGACGGGCUUGUCCAGGGCCCUCCUGGGCCUGCAAGGUAGAGACACACUUUCUCCUGUCUGAAUCUUUGCCUGUCUCCUCUUGGGAUGUGCAGCCACGGGUCUCUGGCCAUAGGUUCUUGGCAGUGGUGGGUGUUUCAGUGGGAUCGUGCUGGCUUUGCUGAGCUUGCUUGCUUUCUUCCUGCAAUUGACGAGUCUAUUUCCAAGGUGGCUAAGCAUGUCACAUGGACUUAGUUACAGCACAAAGUCGCGAUCCCGAGGAGUGAGGCCUGCCGUGGGGCCCGGCAGUGUGCCUCCGCCUGGGCCCUCGGCCUCCUCCAGGACAAGAGCAGUCAUUUUCCCAGGAGCACCGGAGAGGAGGAAGGGCUCAGCCACUCGCAGUUCCUUCCAACUGGAGGUCCGCUGAGCUCUGCAGCAGUUAGGGCAGGUGAGCAUCCGCUCUGACAUGGACAGGAAGAGGCCCCUGCGGCACGCGUGUGCACGGCGUGCG